UUAGCCUAAUUAGCUCCCCCCGCCUUCUUGCCACCAGCAGCCGAGCGAGCGAGCGGGCGUUUGGUUGGAUUAGUUCGCCGUUUGAGCCGCGGACCAAACGGCAGAGCGGCGUGAAGCUCGAAAGCAACGAUGUUUUGUUGUCUUAAUGUCCUGCCGGUCCCGCUGCAGGUAAUCUGCAUGGGAAUGUGCCUUCACCAGGAUAUUACAGAGGAAGGUAAAAAGGCUAAACUCCAGAGCUCUAAAAUAGAACAAGACCUCUGCGAACAUGCCAGGAGUGAGAUGAAUGUGGUGAAAAUCCUUAUGCUAGGAACUGCAGAGAGUGGAAAGAGUACUCUAAUCAAACAGAUUAAGAUCAUUCACAGCCAUGGCUUCUCCAAGCAGGAGCUCAUCAGUUUUAAGCCUGCAGUACUAGACAACCUCCUGACCUCUAUGAAGUUUGUUCUUCGAGGAAUGGGGAUGCUGAGGAUAAACCUUGCCAACAAGAGGAACAAGAUGCCCGCUCGUUCCAUCCUGUCCUGCAGCCAGUGUCUGGGGGACGACCAAGAGCUGCUUCCCUUCAUGGCUCACGCGUUCUGUGCGCUUUGGGCCGACCAAGGGGUGCGAGCAGCCGCAGCCAGAGGCUACGAGUUUGAGCUGAACGACUCUGCGCUCUAUUUCUUUGAGAACAUGAGUCGAAUCAUCGCUACCAACUACGUCCCCACUGAGACAGAUGUUCUGAAAGUGAGAGUGAGGACCUGUGGAAUCAUUGAGACUCAGUUUCAAGUUAAUAAAACGAUUUUCCGGCUGUAUGAUGUUGGGGGCCAGCGGAGUGAGAGGAGGAAGUGGCUCAGUUGCUUUGACUGUAUUCAGGUUGUGUUAUUUGUCGUGGCCCUCAGCAGCUAUGAUAUGACACUGAUGGAGCACCCCUCAGUGAAUCGGCUGCAGGAAAGUCUUGAACUUUUCACAGCAAUCUGUACCAACACAGUCUUUAACAGCACCUCACUGAUUCUUUUCAUGAACAAAACUGACCUUUUUCGGGAGAAGAUCCUGCAUUCUGGAAGACACUUGAGAUUUUACCUUUCUAGUUAUACAGGAGCAGAUAGCGAUGUGGAUGCCGCAGCCCACCACAUCACUGCUAUGUUUUCAUCAUGCAGCAGCAGUCCUGACAAGCCCAUAUACCACCACUUCACCACGGCCACAGACACCACCAACAUACAGGUGGUUUUCCACAUGGUCAUAGAUCAGAUUAUCAAGGAGAACCUCGCAGCUGUCCAGCUGCUGUAAGUGUCUCCUGAAGACUGUUUACAUUGUGUUUGUCAUUCACAGCACUGGAAUUGAAAUUUUAUCAUAGCUGUUCUGUGUAUAAAUGUUUUUUUACCAUGUAAGAUAAUCAGCUAAUUUUAUUUUCUUUUAAGCUGCACACUCCCAAUUUUAUUUUAAAACAUUUUAAAUAAAAAUAUUUAUUGAUAAGCAAGCCUGGACAUUCUAAUGCAGUUUGGUGAUUGAGUUUUAUUUCCCAUUUAAAGAACAAUCAUGAGCCAUCGUUUUUGAAAUACAACUUUGGAAAACUACAACAGUUUCAGUCAGUGUUUUUCCUUUUUCACGUCUUUUUAAAAUUUUUUUUUAAAAUUUACUUUUUUAAAAACAUGUUUAAAGCCUCUGAAUGACCAAUAACUGUUAUCCACCUGUGUGUGCAUGUUCAUUUGUCUUUAUGGCAAAUACAUGCCUACUAGAAAAAGUGCAGCAAGUGAUUGGUUACCGCCAGUGGUGAUAUGAAGGGGGCAAAAAAAAUACUGUUUGGUAUUCAGUCAUUUCAGCAAGGGGCAGCAACAUGAUUCAUUUAUUAAUGAAAACACA